AUGAUAGGCCUGGAUGCGCUCAGUGUUGGUGUCUUUGCCGCCGCCCUCUCCUUCUACGUCUACCCUCUCCCAUCUUUUACAAAGACACAUGGACCAAGUCUCUCUAUAAGAAGGACAAGCGGCUUCCUGGCUGGGAUUUCGACUGUAGCUCUUUCCACGAGUUCCUUGACCUGUUACAACGAGGCCUCCACUCUGCCCGUUGAUGGGAAGAUUGUUGACUCUGUCCUCGACUCCUGUCUGGGAUCGCUACUGUCGUACUGA